AUGCAGUGGUGGUGGCUCCUGAUCUUGACGGCUACGGUCAAGGGAGCCGAUAGCAACGAUACGUGCUUGUCUAGCAUCAAGGUCGUCGACAAUUUCCUGACAGAUGAGGAGUCGCGGAUCUUGCUGGCGGGUGAGAAGGAGAAGGUCCUGUCUUCCGGGUUGCUCAGAGGGCAUGCAGUCCAGAAGUCCGUGCAACGCCGUUUGCAGAGCGCUAUCCAUGGAGACUGGGACGAGCUGAAAGAGACCAUGAUUCCGGUGUCUCACAAGGAGGGCCAUGUGCCGGAUCACCAGGACUACGUCAAUGGAAAAAAGGAAGAUGGCCUCGUUCAAGGCACUGCCGCAGUAGUCUAUCUCCACUCCGCACCAGAUGGUCAAAGCGUGGGCAGCCUGUUGUUCAAGAAUCAGGACGGUAAACAGGUGAAAGUGGUGGAGGCCAUGGGUAAACGCUUUGUCUCUUGGGACAAUCAGCUUUGUUCCCACGGAUUCCUGGCGCGUGACUUUCCUCGCAGUUUGAUUGGCCCAUUCCAGAUGGCCCGCGAUGGCCUUAUGGACAAGGUGCUCAUUGCGAAGACCACUACUGACGAACCUGAUACCACAGAUGAGCCUGAUACCACAGAUGAACCUGAUACCACAACCAAGUGCAAGGUCUACAGGCGCCAGCGUCGCCGCCCAUUCCGCCGCCAUCGACGUUGGCUUCCCUUCUGGCACAAGAAUGCCGAUAGUUCCGAUAGUUCCCUCCUCGAGACGGAUGACGGUGUCCACCAGGCUCCUCCGACCACUACUGACGAACCUGAUACCACAGAUGAGCCUGAUACCACAGAUGAACCUGAUACCACAACCAAGUACAAGGUCUACAGGCGCCAGCGUCGCCGCCCAUUCCGCCGCCAUCGACGUUGGCUUCCCUUCUGGCACAAGAAUGCCGAUAGUUCCGAUAGUUCCCUCCUCGAGACGGAUGACGGUGUCCACCAGGCUCCUCCGACCACUACUGACGAACCUGAUACCACAGAUGAGCCUGAUACCACAGAUGAACCUGAUACCACAACCAAGUACAAGGUCUACAGGCGCCAGCGUCGCCGCCCAUUCCGCCGCCAUCGACGUUGGCUUCCCUUCUGGCACAAGAAUGCUGAUAGUUCCGAUAGUUCCCUCCUCGAGACGGAUGACGGUUUCACUCCUGCGACCACUACUGACGAACCUGAUACCACAGAUGAGCCUGAUACCACAGAUGAACCUGAUACCACAACCAAGUACAAGGUCUACAGGCGCCAGCGUCGCCGCCCAGGCCGCCGCCAUCGACGUUGGCUUCCCUUCUGGCACAAGAAUGCCGAUAGUUCCCUCGUCGAGAUGGAUGACAGCGUCCAUUUCAUGCAGCUUCCAACAGACCUUUGACGACCUGGGUGACUUAUUUUCCGUCCAACGAAGAUUGGAUAAUUGCUCGGGAUAUUUUGACAUGCUAUGGUGCCUUCGUGCUGUGAAUUGUGAAAAGGGCCCAGGCACCACAGUCUGGGAUUGUAAUCACCAAAGAUUCACAGCACUUUGGCUGGCAUGGGCCUAGUCGCGUGACGUGACGACAGAGGACCCAACAGGAGUC